UCGUGCAAUGGUUGAUCAGGUGUACGACAAGAUCUGUGACGGGAAACCAUUCCCCGUCGUGCAUUGGCGAAACCGAACCGGUGAAAACUGUUUGCAGAGUGGAUACUGGUCGAAGCGAGCAUGCAAAGAGGAAGAUUCACUCAACAUUCAAAUCAUGUCCCAAUUAACGGACUUGAUGGUUCAAAGGUUAUUAGAUUAUUUGGACGUGGAGAAGUACGAGUGUGUGUAUAUAGCCUCCCCUCCCAUUCCACAGGAAUUUGUUCUCAAAAUUGCUGCAAAGUUCCCGCACACUGUCACACUGAGUCACGUAUUAAAAUUGUCACCGGAAAUAUCAAAACACAGAGAUGACGUGUAUGCGAUAUCGAUUCUGGAACAAGAAAUAGCAGUCAGAGCUGACUUGUUCAUCGGCUGGAGAGAAUCGAGCUGGACACAAUCAGUGUAUCGUAUGCGAAAUUCCAAAGGAAGGAAGAAUGUGCCGCUACCACGCGUACCCGGCAUGCCUAAGGUGUUGCAGGUCAUCUGGUGAAAGAAAUGUGUGUCGGCAGAGGGCGCUUCAAUAUGAUAUAAUUACACUAGAGCACGUGGUCACGCACACAUUAAUUUUCGCGUACCAUGCAGUAGCAAUGAUGCACACAUGUUGGCAUCGUGUUUACCAAAGUGUGAUACUGAAUAUUUGGUAAACAUGAAAUAAAUAUAUUUUGUUUGCGAUUACUUAAUUAAAUCUGUAUUAAAGUGUUUAACGUGGCGAUAUAACAAAUCGCAAUAAAGCCG